AUGUUCCCAACUCAGUUCGCGUGUUGGGCCUUGUUGGUCACAUUCGUAGCAGGCCAUGGGUAUGUGCAGCAAAUCAAGAUGGGAAAUCAACUUGUCGAUACUUGGAACCCUUACAAGGAUCCUCAAAAGAAAGUCACCAAAAUCACUCGAAAGUUCCCAGACAACGGGCCUGUGACAGAUGGCAAGUUUACUACCGACGCAAUAACUUGCAACUACGGCAUUGAUGGUGAACCCAACAACGUUCCCGUCAAUAUGACUGCCUCAGUUGCUUCGGGAAGCAAACUUACGUUUUACUGGACAGAUUGGCAGUCAGAUCAUCCUGGUCCAAUCAUGACCUACCUGGCCAGUUGUGGGGGAUCCUGUAAAACGUUCUCGGGCUCGACCGGGAAUGUCUGGGUCAAAAUCCAUCAAGCUGGGUACGAUGCUUCGCUCAAUCCUCCAUGGGCGUCGAAACGUCUCCCUACCCAAAACAGUGUGAGUCAUUCGAACCAGGAAACCAAGUUUCAGUAUAAUACUUGGUCAAUCACUCUUCCCUCAUCCAUUGCGCCCGGUGAAUAUCUCUUGCGCCAUGAAAUCCUCGGCCUGCAACGCACCAACAACAAUGGUAGCGGGUCCACCAAGUUACCAACAGGGAUCGCUCUGCCUGGUGCUUACCAGCCUGAUGACAAGAAGAGUAUUUUCUUGGAGUACAGAGACAUUUCUGCUUCCAAUCCGUACACAGCUCCUGGAGGGCAGGUCUGGGGCGAUAAAGGCUGGUCCGAUCUGCAAAAUAUGGUGGCCACAUGA